AUGCCAGAUCCUUUAUCGGCUGCCCACCAGGAUUCGAACAGAUCCGAAAACUUAGUUAUUCCUGCGAAGGCGGAAGAGCUAACGUUCCCGGUGCUUCGACGCGCCUGCCAGCCGUUUCCGGUCGCCGGAGAACAAGACGAAACAAUGGCGGCUAGAUGCCGAGGAUGCGUCCACGGGCCGUUUACUUGGAAACGCUCGGCGCUCGGCACAGCCGCUGACCCAAGCGAGCCGGCAAUCUCUCAUUUUUGCUUGGACAAAAGAGCGCUAAAUCUUAUUGUUCUUAUGCCGAUACAACAUCGUAAAAGAAGAUCAUUUGCUCUCGUUUUAAAGUGUGAAGCUUCUACUUUGACAAGCGUGAGUUUGUCCCUUUCGGAGAUAAUUUUACAUGGUUUAUAUAGCGAGCGGGAAAGUGAACUUUUUCUCGAAUAUUGUCAAAAUUCAAACGUGCGUAGGGACAUAAAAAAAAAUUUUUCUCGUAAUUAGAUCUACCAUCGUUUCGAAGAUUCGAAGUCCUCACUUUACAACGAUCCCUUAAAACUCGCGGUAAGAUUUCUUUUCACCAUUUCAUCAAACUCUGA